ACACUGACACUAAUGUCACUUUUAGAAAAGCUGUUUGUGAUGUUUGUCGUUAAACAAAAUAUUGCAAUGCUUUAAGUUUUUCGAGAUGUAUUACUUUUGCGCAAUAUGUAUGAUCAAUACCGAAACUCUAUUGGAUUUAAACCCCAAAUGCCGUCGUCUUUUCGAGGCGAUGGUAUCUCCAUAUAUAGAAUUUAAGGAGGGUCUAAAAUCCUGCCGUAUCCUGCUAUGCCGGGACUGCAACCAGGUGCUCGGCACCAUGCUGAAGUUCCAGCAGACCGUGGUCAAGGGAGUCAUGAAUCUGGUCGCACUCCAAAAACGUUCCAAGAUGAUAUACCACAACCUGCCAGAAGUCAUCAGCGCGCACACCGACCUUCUGUUACCAGUGGUCAAUGAGGAGUACGUCCUCACUACAAAUAGUAUUCCGGUGGAAGCCGAAGACUCGUCAGGAGGAAAUUAUAAAAACAAAAAGACAGUUGUCCGUGUGAGUGAAUUAUCAAAACCUUCAAAACGUAAUUUACCCAAAAAACUAUCGCCUCCGCCCUCGAAACUUAGGAAGCGCCGGUCUGAGACCAAAAAAACACCUAUAAAAAGAAAAAGGCAAAGGAAAGCCGAGAAUGCCGAGAGUGUGGAAGAUUUGGACACGACGCUGUCCGGUGACUCGGAUUGCUAUUUUUCGGGAAAUCUGGACACCGAGCCGGGGUAUGAGCGGCUGGUGGCUAAGUCGCAGAUGGACCAUGAUUACUUUAAUAAUAAGAAUGAUAUGGCAGUACUAGUCCCUAUAAACAAUACCAGAGACAAAAUAGAUUCCACCAACACGAAUGAAUCGAGUGAAGUUAAAAAAACGAAACUUAACCGACAAUUAUAUCAAGCGAUCAAACUUGCGCUGGAGUCACGCUCCAUAUCAGACUUCGACAUCGCCCAAUACGAGCCCGAAUCCGAGUCCGACUUUGACCACAAUAUCGAGUCUCAUCACGACUUAACUUCGCCACAUGACGACUUAAAGUCGCCACAACACGACUUAAAGUCGCCACAACACAACGCAAAAUCGCUUCACGACUCACCAAACCACGACUCAAAGUCGUCAUAUCUCGAAAAAAACUCGCUCCAUCACGAUUUAAAGUCGGCACAAGAAACAAACUCGCUUCAUCACGACCCAAAGUCGCCAGAUCUCGAAACAAACUCGCCAGAUCUCGAAACAAACUCGCUCCAUCACCACUCAAAGUCGGCGUCGUAUCUCGAAAUAAACUCGCUCCAUCACGACCCAAAGUCGCCAGAUCUCAAAACAAACUCGAUCUAUCACCACUCAAAGUCGGCACACCAUGACACAAAGUCGCCAGAUCUCGACUCGUCGUCACAUCACGUCUUAGAGUCGUCGGAUCCCGACUCGGAGUCGACCGUCAGCUGCGAGUCGGAUUACGAGGACGCAGAACACUUCCCCAACAUCAUGCUGGCCAAGGCGUUCAGUGGAGUUGCGGAUGGCAGAGGGGUCGCGGAGGGCAGUGGGGUGUCGGAGGGUAGUGCGGUGUCGGAGGGCGUACAGAAAAAAGCCCACCUCGUUUUGAACCCGCCCAGCGAGUGGCCGUGUACAGGGGACAGCUGUCACGGCCACACACACAGCGAGGGUCACAGCAGCGACUCUGAUGUAAUUGCGGAUGAAGACACCGGGUCAAAUGUGAAGCGGAGCGGCAAGCGGCGCCGAAAGGAGUGUAAGCUGUGUGAAAAGACGUUCGUCUCACUCUACGCUCUAUGGGAACACUAUGAAAGAGAGCACGUGGAUAUAUGCCGCAAGGAGUGCUGUAAUGGUACAAUGAUGAAAAAUGGCAACACCAGGCGACUAUUACAGGUUAAACUUACAUCUUGA